AAAUUAAGUAAAAUUUGUACUGUGCUAGUGAAGUUAUUGACGUCGUGACCUUGACCUUAUACAUGGACGCUGGACGAUAGUGUAUCAAUAUUAUGCACCAUUUGACGCUCAAAUGUUUAAUUGCUAUGUCUGAAGAACGAAGAUAAUUUAAUUAUUGUUAUGAGGUCAUUCGCGAAUAACAAACAGGAAAAUCUUAUUCUAAUUUGAUAACUAUCAUACUAUAACUGACCAAUUUUGUUACAAUGUGUAUAUACCAAUUAUUAGCAAGUAUUUAAAAAUGUAUUUAAUUACUUUUAUUAUUGCUCUUGUUUUAGGUGCUGCAGAAGUUUCUCCUCUAGGAACAGAUGGAUUUAGUAACUCUUCCAACAGAAAUGUAUUACGAUCCAAAAGACGAACUGAUUGCAAUGCAGAUGAACAUGCAUGUAGUGAUUUCUGCAUUCCGCUUGACAAACAAUGUGAUGGUGUGUUAGAUUGUUCUGAUGGAUCUGAUGAGGCAGAGUGUGAAAGGUUUUUCCAAUACCAAUGUCUUGAUGGUAAGAGGAUAUCAGUGGAUAAGCGCUGUGAUGGAACAAAAGACUGUGCUGAUGGAAGUGACGAAACCCACGCCCUCUGCCGGAAAAUGUCUUGUCCUGACUAUCUGUUCCGUUGUACGUACGGCGCGUGCGUGGACGGCACAGCUGCGUGUAACGGAGUGAAGGAAUGCGCAGACGAAUCUGAUGAAUUGCUGCCACGGUGUCGUGAUCAAAGCAAUAUUGUUGGCGACAAAUUUCGUUGCGAGAGCGGUGAUAUGAUAGAUUUAUUUCUCGCGUGCGACGGUAAUGCGGAUUGCGCCGAUCGGUCGGAUGAGUCGCUGUGGGGAUGCGCAGGCGCAGUCUGCCAAACUAAUCUCUUUCAGUGUGCGUACGGCGCGUGCGUCGACGAGGGAGCCGAUUGUAACUAUAUCCAAGAGUGCGCCGACGGCUCCGACGAAUCUGACAUAUUAUGUAAUAGGACCAUAACUACUACAACCACUACUACGGAAGCGCAGAUUAUUGUCGCCCCAAAAUCCUGUUCCGUACCAGAUCAUCCAAGAAAUGGUUUCUAUCGUCUGGCUUCACCAGCGAAUUCCGAUCGCUACUUGACUUUGAAUGUGUCCUGCAAGCCUGGAUACAAGUUGGUGGGAGACGAGACCAUACAUUGUUAUAGUGGGGUGUGGUCCGUAGAGACUUUGCCCACUUGUGUGCGGUCCUGCAAGCUGCAACCAUCGGACAGUGUGGUGUACCGUUGCCUGGUGACGGAGUAUGGUGGGAUUGACAGCACCAGGGAUUGUGGGAAGGAGGAGCUGGAUGGUACGACGGUGCAGCCCGAAUGCCGGCGCCCGAAUUAUUACAGCCCCCAGGACUUGCCAUAUAUGUUCUGUACGGAUGGACAGUGGAAUUAUAAGCCUAAAUGUUAUCCAGAGUGCGGGACUGUAACCCCCAAAGGGGAGAUCCUGGUGAUAGGGGGCGGGAUGGCGGAAAGGGGUGCGGUGCCGUGGCAUGUGGGUAUUUACAUAAAGAACUUGACUGCGCACACACACACUCAGAUUUGUGGGGGUUCGCUUAUUAGUACUUCGACUGUUAUAUCGGCUGCUCACUGCUUCUGGUACGAGAAGAUACACCAACUGCCCAGUUAUUUGUACUCGGUGGCUGUUGGCAAACUGUACCGUGAUUGGGAUCAUCCCUACGACUCGUUAUACGCUCAGCGACGGGACGUAUCAAAAAUAGAGUUGGCUUCGCGCUUCUACGGCGCCGAUUUAAAUUAUCAAUACGAUCUGGCCGUGGUGGUAGUCAACGAGCCGUUUUAUUAUCGCCCGUACAUACGUCCGCUCUGCUUGGACUUCGACCCGAGACUGAAUGAGGAACAACUGAGAAAGGGGAACAUGGGCAAGGUAGCAGGCUGGGGCCUGACAACGGGCUAUGCGGGGUCAGAAUCGCCCAUUUUGAAAGUACUGGACAUCCCAUUCGUACCCUUUGACGAUUGUGUCAACAACACUUCGAAGGAUUAUAAGGAGUUUCUGGCUGCGGACAAAAUUUGCGCUGGACAUGCUAAUGGUACAACCCUUUGUAAAGGCGAUAGUGGUGGGGGUUUAGCGUUCCCAGCUUUGGUACAGUCCACCUCUCGGUACUUCUUACGUGGAGUGGUUUCCACCAGCCCACCCGCUAGAGAUACUCGCCUGUGUAAUUUAUACUCUUACACAGGAUUCACCAAUAUAUUGGCCCAUGAGAGCCUGAUUAAGGCCUAUUGGUAUGUUUGAGCCGCGAAGUAGAUGGUUCGGUGUUGCCACUGUUAAGUGUAAUACCACAGUGUGCAUACGAGAUAGUGUUGCCACAAUUUCAAACAUUUUGAUAAUAACAUUAAUUAAAUUGCCUAUGGUCAAUAGAGUUCCAAAAAACUAAGGUUAUGAAAGACAAAAUUUUUUAGGUCAAAAAGUAAAUUUUUUAUACGAAACACUAACUCUGUUUUAUUUAGGCGUCCACUAUUGUUUAUGGUUUUUGCCUUGAUUUUGUCAUUUCGUUAUCAUGUGCAUACAGUUCUCUUUUUUUUCCUUUUUUGGCCUGCACGGUCUGUGCGUCAGCCAUGCAAAAAAGUUGGGAAGUGGGAUUUAUUUUAUUGGAUUAGAAAUUGGAGCGGAAUUGGAAAAUUUAGUAUAUAAGUACUGAAGUGGUUAUAAUUUUAUAUUUUUAUGAAAAAAUGGCUUAAAUUCUAUAUACAUCAAUUUUAUAUUAGGUAAAAGGACAGAAAUUGAAGUAGGAAAACUAAAUUAAUUCUAAUGGAUAAAAGCGAGGAAUUAAAAACGAAACGUUUAUGUCGAGUACAGGCAAAGAAUAUAUGAUUAAAAUCACCAACGUCAUUUCACACACACAUAUAUCUUUAGGCAAAAGAUUAAGCUUUGCCAAAUGAAGGGAAUGGAUCCAUGGCCCAGUGUCAGCCAUAAGUGUCGAAGUCAUAGCUUUACCAAGCGUCAUUUUUGAAAACCAUGGUUUAGGA